AUGAUAUUGGACGACGACGUGUUUCCAUCCAACACGUACCGAGAGGUGAUCAUGGAGCACGACGAGGAGGCCCUUUAUGAGAUUGGCUUCGGCUUGCUCUACUCCUUCAUGCGCACCUCGGUCUUUUUUGGAGCCUUGCUGGGAAGCAUUUGCCGCCUUUUCGUUUGUCCCUUUAACAGUACUGAUCCAAGCACGUUGGACCGUCUUUGGGUUCAGCACUUGGAGGGCUUGUGCCAGCGCGUGUGCAGGGCGUGUGCAGCGCGUGUGCAGCGCAUAUGCAGCGUGUCUGCUGCAUGUCUGCAAGCAACUGAGAUUCCUGGCGAUCGAGAUGGCACAGCUGUUGCCUUGGGGCUGGCCUGGAUCCUGCCAAAUGCCCGACUCUUGGUCAUGUCACAGACUUUGCGGCUGUCUUGGCAUGACAAGCCUCUGGCAUCUAAGUUCAUUCUUUUGGCAUCGGACUACUUUGAGAUGGCCGUGUUGGAGAUGGGCUUCAACAUCCGGUACCAUCUCCGGGUCAACCUUUUUCGCAAGUAUCUGCGCUACACGCCUGAGUCCCGGGCGAAGGUUCCCAUCCAGGACCUGAAGAUCAGCAUCAUGGAGGACAUCCCUGACCUUGUGGCUGACGGUUAUUUGAUCAUCUUUGAGCUCUGGGCCAUGUUCGGCAAGAUCGUCAUGGUGGGCAUUUUCAUGGCGCGGAAGCACCCGCGCAGUGCGUUCCCUCUCUUUGUGUACCCGAUCCUCAUCCUCAUCUACUUGGUCCGCACCUACCGGCCUCCCGUCCGACUGUGGUCACAGCAGAUUGGCCCUCGAAAGUUCCCACGGUGGGAUGAGGCUACUUUGGAAGUCAUAAG